AUGUUUAUACUGGAAGAAAAACCAGAAAAGGUUUACAACAGAUCUAAGGAUGUUCCCUGCCCUGGUUCCUUUCGGAACAUCGUUAGAUACACGAGAACACAAGAGAAUAAGAUUCCUUUCUCUGAACACACAACCGAACUUGCAGACGCUCAUGCAAAGAACGUCUUUCAAAGCAUUCACCUAAAGCAUGAAUGGAGGGAGGGACUUCAAUGGGUUGCCGAUUCUGCCAUACGCUGA